AUGGGUCUUAAGAUGAGACUUAAAACACUCUACAGUGGGAGCUGUUCAGAUGUUAAGGGGCACAUCAUUCCACAGCUGAGGGCCCACCACAGAAAAAGUCCUGUCCCCCAUGGUUUUCAGUCUCGUCACAGGCACCACAAGCUGGAGCUGGCACUCGGACCUCACAGCAUGGGGAGGCUGGUAAAUUUGGAUGAGGCCCGAGAUUUAAGAGGCGCCCAGCAGAAUUAUGGACCAGCUGAGGUUGAAGAACCUUCACCUCAGUGGCCUGAGAAUGGAGAGGAAUGGAGUGAUGAAGAUGAGUCGCAUAUGGACUGUGACUUUCUGCAGGCCAUGGCAGAAGAAGAUGAGGAUAUAAACUUGUACAAUGAGGAGACAUUUGGAAUGGAUCUAGAUUCACAGGGGAUGCCAGAGGAGUCAAGUGGUGGUCUACUUCAAUUUGAAGAACCACCGCCACAGUCACCAGAACCCAAACCACCAUCUCCCAGAUGUUCUCCAUCGCCUCCGAGACUGAGACAGCACUACUGGUCUCGGACACCUCCAGGCUACCAUGGCAGAGGUAGGGGAGGCCCAGGUAGGGGGCAGAUGUUUGAAGAUCCAGCUGUGAUGAGGAUAGUGGAGGGGCGACCAAGCCUCAAGAGCCUUGACAGUGCUAUAGUGGACUGUGGGAAUACAAUGUACCACAGUGACUUUGAAGAUGAUUGGAUGGUGCCAUCUUGCAGAAACACACAAAGAAUGUCAGGAACUAUAUUUCAGGACACUGCUAUAAUGUGUGUGAUUGAUGGUACCAGAAAUAAUCACCUGACAUCCAACUUUGAUUUGCAGUAUCCAAUCUCCUCCUUCAAAGGCAGGAGAGGGGAAUCCAGAGGAAUCUACUGCAAAAGGUCCUUUGGUCAAAGAGGUCAAUCUCAGAUGCACAGGCCGUUCAUGCCAGGAUCGCCCAACUUCUCACGUGAACCCAUAGGUCCAUGGCAGCGCUAUAUUUUUCUGCUGAAUCAGACGGGGAGCUCCAUGUUUCCAUUGAGCCGUCCAUGCCCGUCCACCCCCCUCAGCCCUAAGAUGAUGCGUCUUCACUUUGGUGCCAACUCUCCAAGACCAUCCCCCAUUUACAGCCCCUCCUCAAUUCCAGUGCAGCAUUUCAGGUACCCUGGUCCUGUGACCCGGCUCCACCCCCAACACAAACGAUUGCUUAGUCAAAAGCGAAUAUUGCAAAGAAAACUGGAGCACUGGGAUCCUGACUGUAACCUUAUGACGGCCAAAGAGAAGGAGUGGAUCAUCAGGCUACAGAUGAUUCAACUGCAGAGUGAGAAUCCAUACCAUGAUGACUACUACUACCAGGAAUAUUAUCGAAGAAUAGAAGCUAAAUUGGCAGAGGAAGAACUGGGCGUCAGGACCAAGAGAGAACCACCCAAACUCACCACGCCUUACAUCACAAAGACCGAUUCAUACACACCAGUGGUACACAUUGAAGGCUCUUUGGGUCAAGUGGCAGUGUCAACAUGUUACUCUCCUCGCCACGCCAUCAGUGCGGUCCAUGCUGUCCAAGCUCACAGUCCACCAGAGGAACAAAAAGACACCAGACAACAAAGAUUAGAAGUACUCAGCAAAAUUGAAAAGUUGUUCAUGGUUUUGCUGUCGGUCGAGGAGAUGGAGAGAAUGAAAAGCACAACUGUGGGUGAAACUGAAGAAAUGAAGCAGACAAAAAUACAGGGAAAAAUAGAGUACAUCUAUUCCCAACUCCAGCAUCAUGAUGCACUAGACUCAGAAGGGGAGUUCCUUCCUUUCCUGCUGAUCUCAAAAGGCAAAAAGCUGAUUGCCCGGCUUCUCCCUUUCCUCAAACAUGAAACUGCUUUGAAUAUCUUGUGCAGUAUGACCUCCAAGCUACCUACGCUGAUGAGCAGAGAUGCUGAUGAGGCACUUUUAGUGCUUUAUACACCUCUUCGAAAUGUGAUUGGAGGUUUGACCUUCAGUCAGCUGAUUGGAGUCCUCAGAGAUCUGACUACUUCUGAAUCUCCGACAUAUGACUGUCUUGCGCUGGCGUGUCAGAAUAAGUUUGGACUGUCUUUGCUGUAUGUUCUCCUGUCUCAUGGAGAGAAGUUGCUGUCUUCUGGUGUUCCUCUGGAGCCAAGCAUCGGUGACUUUGAGACCUGGACCGACACAAUAUUCCAAGUGGCAGGACAAUUGUCCCAGUCUUCACUGGUGGAGCCACUCCUCCUCCCGUCAAACCUGCUCACUCUAUUCUGUCGUUAUCUGGACAAGCGUACGAUCCACCAGCUAAAAAGCAACAUGGAGUCUGCAACUGGAUUCCUGGCUCUUCCAUCUUAAGGUGGAUUGGAGCUGAUGAACUCUGGAGUGAAAGUAGUAGAAGCUCUAGGAAAACAAAGUUGUUCAUUAUGCUUUGAUGUAGUUAUUCUGUGUUAAAUAACUUUAAUUUUAAAUUUUGGCACCUCCCCUCCCUCUUUUCCUCACAUUUUGGCACUCCUUCUGGUGUAUUUCCUUUAUCCAGUUUUACUUUCCUCCUUUUGAUCUCCAGCUGACUUAAUUAGCUACUUUAGAAUCAUAAACGGACUGUUUUUAAUCUUCCACAAUAAUGUUGCCAUCUGGUUCAUCGGACUGGGAUUAGUAAUGUUAGUUUGUGGAUGGAUGAGUUAUUUCAGUGGCAUCUCUCUCUAAACUUGAGGCAUUUUCAGCUUUAACAUUG